AUGGAGCCAGCCGCUACCUGUCCCGGUGCCGCUCUCCUCCUGCUCCUCUCCGCCGCAGCCGCCACCUGCAGCCCCGCCGCUGUCCAGCCGUUCGACAGCCUCCUGGGAGACACGGCCCGGUGUCAGAGCCGCUGCCGCAACAUCUUCCUCCUGGAGCGGCAGCCCACGGAGGUGCCACUGAGUACUUGUCAGCGAGGCUGUCGAUUGUUCUCUAUCUGUCAGUUUGUGGAUGGUGUCAGCGAUUUGAACAGCACCAGGGCUGAGUGUGAGGCAGCAUGUUUCGAGGCUUACUAUCAGAUGGAGGAGCAGAAUGGUUGCAACACUGGCUGCAAGGAGCAGUUCCUCCAGGCAGAAAGAAGACGGACACAGCAUCUGACACCACCCCCUGAACCUUCCUCCAUCUUCGACUAUGUGUCAACUCUCUGCAGUGACAUUGUCAGCUCAGCCCAGAGCUUCAUCUCCUCCACUUGGACCUUCUACCUCCAGGCUGAUGAUGGCAAAGUUGUUGUCUUCCAGGCUCACCCAGAGCUCGAACUGUCUGCUCCAGAUUUACAGGCCAUGCAGUUUGAUAUGGGACAGGUCCCUCCCGAGUGGAAUCCUAGUGAGCACGAGAAGCUGAUCCCACAGACAGCUGUACGUCAUGGUGCAGAGAAGAAAGUGAGUGUGAGACCAGACCCCGAGUUUAAACAGGCACCUGUACGUCAAGAGGGAUCACUAUCUCAACACGAUUUCCUGGGCUGCAUGUCACGGCGUUCGGGCCUACCCCGCUGGAUCCUAGCUGCCUGCCUCGUGCUGUCUAUCCUGGUGAUGCUGUGGCUGAGUUGUGCCAGUUUAGUAACUGCUCCUGAGCAACAUGUGAAAUCCCAGCCUCUGAGCAUUAACGGUGAUCAAGAUGGGAUGGAGAAGACUCCCUCAUAUGGAUUGACUCCUCUCAUCACCAUGUCUCUCAGGGAGCAGGAGGAAGAGAAUGUGGGACCUCUGCCUGUGAAAGUGGAUCUGCGUAACACCCUCAUCUAGAAUUUUCCAUCUCCCAGUUUAAAGAGACAGUUCCAUCUUGCUUGCUUAUAUUACCCAACAAAAUUGACUCCUUGAACCCUGCCGUCCACUUCCCGUUUUAUUAUAAACUCAUUCCGGACUGGUGGCCAGCGAAAGAAAGCCCAGGAUUACACCUUCGCGAAUCGAGACACAGGGAAUCUCUGGAUGCUACAUUAAAAUGUGUUGGCCCAGGAUCUCAAAUUUCUUCUCCGUUAAAUUGAGGUCUAAAGGAAAAGUGUGCAAGUUUCUGGGACAUUCAGAUUCCCUGGAUCAUACUGUGACUUGACUCCUUGUUCUCAUUCUUCGGGACUCUGUUACAGAACCCCUUACUUGAUCUUGGUCCUUGCGACUGUGAUAGUGAGUUUUAGAGAAGGAUGACCUGAGUACCGUUUCUUUCUGUUAGAGAGUGAGGGAUUCCUGGGCUAGAGGCAAUUGGUUUCUGAUGGAACCAAUAAUCCUGAUCAAAUAGGUAACAGUUAGGAACAUAAACCGUGUGCUGAAAUGAAAAGUUUUAUGCAGUGCUGACCUUGGGUGUACCAAUUCCACCACAGGCAUGAGUUUUGCAUGGAAAUGCUACAGUUUAUCCAUCCAUCACUCAACUCUUCUAGGACUAACUGGGGUUGAGUUUGGGAUUGGCUGGGCCUGAGAGUGGGAGGGAGAUGCUUUGGGCCAUUGAGUGACCAACACCAAUUGGCAGAGUUAGGGUCUUGCUCCAUCAGUGGGUAAAUUGACAGAAAUUUGAUUUGAUUUUAAUAUUGUCGCAUAAUAUAGUGAAAGGUAGAGUUCUGCGUGCUAUCAAGGCAAAUCAUACUUUACAUGGUAAUAGAACAGAAUGCAGAAUAUCGUAUUACAGCUACAGAGGAAGUACAGAGAAAGGUCAACUCUAAUAUAUGAGAUCUGUUCAAAAGUCUAGUAAGACCAAGGAAGAAGCUAUUCUUAAAUCUGUUGGUAUGUGUUUUCAAACCUUUGUAUCUUCUGCCCAAUGGAAGAGGCUGUAGGAGAGUAUAACUGGGGUGGGAGGGGUCUGUAAUGAUGUUGGCUGUUCUCCUGAGGCAGUGGGAAGGGUAGACAGAGUCAGUGGAUGGGAGGCUGGUUUGUGUGAUAGACUGGCCUAUGUUCACAACUCUCUGCAUUUUCUUGUGCCCUUGGGCAGAGCAGUUGCCAUACCAAAUUGUGAUGCCUCUCUCCAACUCCUAUCCAGAAGAGAAAGAAGAUUUUUAACAACAGCAAAAAUU